AAUAGCAAACAAAGUCUCCCCAAACGUUGUCCACGUGAGCCCAGCUUUAUCUUUCACAAGUCCAAACAGUAAUCCUGCUCCACCUUGGAUUGAUUACAAUAACAAAUAACAGUGUCUUAGGGUUUGUUUAUUCAGAUUUCCCACCCCCACCUCUCUGCCUUCAAUUUAUGCUUCGUAGAAGACCUUCAGCCUGUAAUCGGUCAAGCUAUUCGUCGUAUUUGGAUUUGAUUUGAUUUGUAGAAUCGAUCCGGGUGGAGCUCCGGGAAUCACAAUCGGAGCUGUUUCCUCGAUUCUGCAGCGGUUUAAUUGUAAGGAAAGGUUUUCAGUCAUCUUGCUCCUGAAUCUUCUGAAAGAUCGUGCACAACUUUGUAGGGGUAGCACCAGUCUUCUUGCAAGAAAUGGAUCCUGGUCGAUAUUGCCCUCAGCAAGGAUGGGAAAAUAACAGCGCUUUGGAGGGUUAUGGUGGAGUCCAUGAGCAUGACUUCCGGGUUGGUGGUUCUUAUGAUGAUAGGAGAUUUGUUGAUGAACGGUUUUCAAGAGACAAUAUUUACCCUAGGAGUGGGUUUCACCGUGAUAUUCUGGAGAGGGAGCAGUACCCACAUCCACCACCACCAGUUGGAUUGUGGGCUCCAACAAGGAGAAGAAGUUAUGAAGAAGAAUAUCCACUGGAUAGGGAUUCCAGGAGGAAUGAGAAGAUGCCCACCAGGUAUGGAGGACGUGACAGAGAUGAUUAUGCUUAUGAGCAUUAUGAUUAUCGCCAUCGCGUUUCUCAUCAAAGCAGGGAAGAUAGCCAUGAAAGGGACUAUGAUUAUGGUAGACACAGUUAUGAUUCUGACUAUGACAGAGGCAGUAGGAGAGACAGUAACUGGAGACGGCGUGAUUCCCGUGAUCGUGAGCAUGAUAGGAGAGCCUCAAGCCGGGAAAGAGAUCACAGUCCAUAUACAAGGCAUGAGCGUUCCCGUUCACGGUCUCGCGAUCGUGAUGAUCGCCUGAGGUCAAGGUCUCCUCGAAGUCGAAGUCAUAGCCGUAGUCAUAGAGAGGACAGUUAUGAUGAUAUCCGAUAUGAUAGAAGUGAAAGGCGUAGGGACCAUGAUGACAGACGACACCAUGACAGCUACUCUGUGGCUCCUUCUGCUACUGUCGUUGUUAAGGGCCUUUCUCAAAAGACAACUGAAGAAGAUCUAUAUCAGAUCCUUGCUGAAUGGGGACCGCUGCGCCAUGUUCGUGUGAUCAAAGAGCGAAAUUCUGGUGUCUCCCGUGGUUUUGCUUUUAUUGAUUUUCCUUCUGUGGUAUUGAUUGUAGAUAGCUUUUCAAUUGUGUUUUCUUUAUAUAGCAUAGAGAGGUGGAUCUUAAUUUUCCUAUUACAGGAUGCCGCUCAAGCAAUGAUGGAUAAGCUUGGGGAUGAUGGCCUUCUUGUUGAUGGUAGGAAGCUUUUCUUUGAGUACAGUAGCAAACCAACUGGAGGGCCCAAUGGACCUCUUGGUGUAGAGAGUGCAUCGAGAUCUAGUCAAGGUAGCCACAGAAGAAUGACAGUUCCAUCUGAUUGGAUGUGUACAAUUUGUGGAUGUGUAAAUUUUGCACGGCGAACAUCCUGUUUUCAGUGUAAUGAGCCACGGACAGAUGAUGCUCCUCCAGCUGAUAUGGCAACAUCAAACCCUACAUCUCUUGCAAAGAGAGGAGAAGCAGGCCCUACCCAUGUUUUGGUUGUCCGUGGAUUGGAUGAAAAUGCUGAUGAAGAAAUGCUUCGCUAUGAAUUUUCUAAACAUGCUCCUAUCAAGGAUCUUCGACUUGUCAGGGACAAGUUUACCCAUGUUUCAAGGGGGUUUGCAUUUGUGCACUUCUAUUCGGCUGAGGACGCUACGAAAGCUCUUGAAGCAACUAAUGGAACAACUUUAGAGAGGAAUGGACAGAUCCUUAGAGUUGCAUAUGCAAAAAGUAUCCUUGGUCCAGGAUCUGGGGGACCUGGAGCUUCUCAAGCUAGUAGCCUUGCUGCUGCUGCCAUUGAAGCUGCAGCUUUUGCUCAACAGUAUGAUGCUGUUGGAUGGGCACCAAAGGAAUACAAUCCAGAUGAAAAGCAAUCCACUGUUGCACAAGAGCAGGGUGAAGUUGCACAUCAAAAUGAUGCUUCUGCUCCACAAUCUGGGUUUGUGUGGGACGAAGCCUCUGGCUAUUAUUAUGAUGCUGCUUCUGGGUUCUACUAUGACGGAAAUACAGGUUUAUACUAUGAUGGUAACAGUGGGGUUUGGUAUUCAUAUGAUCACCAGACUCUACAAUAUGUUCCCUGCGGUGAUCAGAAUGACAAAACAGCUCAGAAACAAAGUGAAAAUGCCAAGUCUGCUGAUGGAUCCAAUGCAAGAAAGGUUGUUAUAUCUGCACCUGCUACUAUGACAUCAACUGACAAGGCUGCCUCAUUACCAGAUGCCAUCCAAGCUGCAGCCACUGCAGCAAUAGCUGCAGAGAAGAAGGAGAAAGAGAAGUCAAAAGAAAUAAAAAUUGCAAAAAGCAGCAUCCUUGCCAACAAAAAGAAGAUGAGUAAUGUAUUAUCAAUGUGGAAGCAAAGAAGUCACGAAGGUCAAGCACCACGCGUUGCUCUUGAUGAGAGUCAGACAGUAGCUGAAGAUAGAUCUAACUCAGUAGGACCAGCUGCAAAAACCAAAUUAAGAACUGAUUCUGUGACUACUAGGGAGACUGCAACUACUGCUGGAUUUGCGGCAGGGACAACUGUCCAAUCAAUGGGGAUUGAAUCCCAGGAUAGGGCUGUGACCAACAGUUCUGGGGUAACACUGAAGGGUGUCAUCAGAGGCUCUGGUCUUGGAGUGGUGAAAAAGGAUACCUUGUACUCCGGUGGAUCAUUAGGAAGUUCUACUUCAAAUACUGUUUCAUUUGCCACAGGUUCAUCUUUAUUGAUCAAUUCAGAUGUCUCAACAAGUGCAAUGCCCCCUCGAACAGAUACAUCUGCAAUGAGCUCCUAUACACCACCUGUGGCUGCUGGAGGUGGUAAAAGAAGGUUUUCUGAGAUGCCAUCGCAACCUUUUCCUGACAAGGAACAGCCUUCAAAUAUUACCUAUCGAGAUCGUGCUGCUGAGCGAAGGAGUUUGUAUGGUUCUUCAUCAUUCGGAGACAAUUUGCCUGAUCAUGGAGAUUCAAAUCGGGACUCCACAUUGAAAAGGGGUGUCUUUGAUCCAACACCUUUCCCACCAGGAGUUGGGGGUGGACGUGUUCCUGGAGAUGCAAAUUCUCAGAGCUAUGAGAUUAUUACAUCUGAUCGAGCUAUUGAUGAGAGUAACGUUGGGAACCGUAUGCUCAGAAAUAUGGGCUGGCAAGAGGGCUUGGGAUUGGGAAAGGAUGGAAGCGGGAUGGUAGAGCCGGUCCAAGCGCAGUCCAUGGACAGUAGAGCGGGACUUGGAAGCCAGCCAAAGAAGGUGGAUCCAAGCCUUGAAGUUCAAGCGGGUGAUAGCUACAGAACUCUUAUACAGAAGAAGGCGAUUGCCAGGUUCCGAGAAAUGUCGUAGCUUUUAGUUGGUAGACUCGGCUCGCUUAGGUUGCUGCAGAGUACGAUUUUAGGUGUUCUAUUCUGUUUCUCCUAGUCCCACUUUUGGUGCCAUAGAUAGUUCUAUCUGGAAAAUGCAAUUCCAUUUUGCAGAGUUCCUUCCACCCAUUGUCUUCUCUCAAUGAACACUCAUAUUUGAAGGUUGUGAAUUGUAAACAUCCUUGUUUAAUACUUGUCCAUUUCUAUUUUAUAUGGAGUUUUAUUUUUCUAAAGUAAAA